AUGUCAACAUCGACUACUUCAAUAUUUACAUUUGUUGCACAACAAAUGAGCAUUUAUUUUGGUAUACCUAUGCUUAUCGGUGGUGUACUCGGUGGAAUUCUCAAUAUUAUUGUAUUUCUUAGUCUUCAAACAUUUCGACAAAGUUCAUGUGCAUUUUAUUUAACUAUUAUGUCAAUUUUUAAUGUUGGUCUUUUAGCUGCUGGUCUUUUCUCUCGUAUUAUGAUCAGUGGAUUUGCCAUUGAUUGGGGACAGAGUUCACUUUUCUAUUGUAAAUUUAGAUUGUUACUUCUUACUACAUUUACACUUAUGUCAUUAGUAUGUAUUUGUUUGGCAACAAUUGAUCAAUAUUUUGCUACAUGUUCUUAUCCUCGUUGGCAACAAUUGUGUAAUUUUAAACUUGCCUAUCGUUUAAUCAUCGUAUUUUCUUUCAUUUCAACAAUACAUAAUAUUCAAUAUUAUCUAUUUUAUAAUCAAAUUCAAUCACCUUUGACCGGCAAAGUUUCUUGUAUAAUUACAAAUGAUAUCUUUUCACGAUAUGUUAGUUAUUGGUUUAAUCUUGUUUGCAUAGGCUUUCUACCAAUUAUUAUUACAGUUUCUUUUGGUUCAUUGGCAUAUUAUAAUGUACGACAAUUAACUUAUCGAACAUUGCCACUUGUUCGUCGUGAAUUAGAUAAACAAUUGACAGCAAUGGUUCUUGUACAAGUUGCUAUGAGUUUCUUUACUCUUACACCAUUUAAUAUUUUGAGUGCUCUUACAUUAAAUAAAAGUAUUAUGAAUGAUCAAAUUGCUGCAGUAAAAAUACAAGCUUCACUUACUAUUGGUAUCCUUCUUUACUAUCUAACUUUUGCGACUCCAUUCUACAUAUAUAUCUGUGUAUCGGAACGAUUUCGUCGGCAAUUGAUCUAUGUCUUAUUUGAGAUUCAUUUGAAUCGAUGGCGACGACCAAGAAUAGUUAUUAAUCAAAUAUCACCAGAAUUCUAA